UGUCCCCACUCCCGAUCUCGCGCGGCCAUGGGCAACUGCUGCCGCUCGCCGGCCGCCGCGGCGCGGGAGGACGUCAAGUCGUCGCACUUCCCGGCCUCUGCCGGCGGCGGGAAAAAGAAGCCCCACCAGGCACGCAACGGCGCGGCGGGCGGCGAGGAGAAGAAGCGGCUGUCGGUUCUCGGGGAGGAGGGGUGCGACGUGGGCGGCGGGAUCGACGAGAAAUACGCGCUGGACCAGGAGCUGGGACGCGGCGAGUUCGGGGUGACAUACCUGUGCAUGGACCGGGGCACGCGCGAGCUGCUGGCCUGCAAGUCGAUCUCGAAGCGGAAGCUGCGGACACCGGUGGACGUGGAGGACGUGCGGCGGGAGGUGGCCAUCAUGCGGCACCUUCCCAAGAGCCCCAGCAUCGUGUCGCUGCGGGAGGCGUGCGAGGACGACGGCGCCGUGCACCUCGUCAUGGAGCUCUGCGAGGGAGGGGAGCUGUUCGACCGCAUCGUCGCCAGGGGGCACUACACUGAGCGCGCGGCGGCAGCGGUCACCCGCACUAUCGUCGAGGUCGUGCAGCUCUGCCACCGCCACGGCGUUAUCCACCGGGACCUCAAGCCCGAGAACUUCCUCUUCGCCAACAAAAAGGAGAACUCCCCGCUCAAGGCCAUCGACUUCGGCCUCUCCAUCUUCUUCAAGCCCGGUGAGAAGUUUUCGGAAAUUGUGGGAAGUCCCUACUACAUGGCUCCUGAAGUGCUGAAGAGGAAUUAUGGACCUGAAAUUGACAUAUGGAGUGCUGGUGUUAUCCUGUAUAUUUUGCUAUGCGGUGUUCCUCCAUUUUGGGCUGAGACUGAACAAGGAGUUGCACAAGCCAUCCUUCGGGGAAAUAUAGAUUUUAAGCGAGAACCCUGGCCCAAUGUUUCUGAUAAUGCUAAAGAUCUAGUUCGACAGAUGCUUCAGCCUGAUCCAAAACUCAGGCUAACAGCAAAGCAAGUUCUUGAGCAUCCCUGGCUUCAAAAUGUUAAGAAAGCUCCAAAUGUUCCUCUUGGAGACAUUGUAAAGUCAAGGUUGAAACAGUUUUCAAGGAUGAACAGAUUCAAAAGAAGAGCUCUAAGGGUUAUUGCUGAUCACUUGUCGGCCGAAGAGGUUGAGGACAUAAAGGAGAUGUUCAAAGUGAUGGAUACCGAUAAUGAUGGUAUAGUCUCUUAUGAAGAGUUAAAGAGUGGGAUCACGAAAUUUGGUUCUCAUCUUGCAGAAUCUGAAGUGCAAAUGCUUAUUGAAGCUGUGGAUACAACUGGUAGGGGAGCACUAGAUUAUGGUGAAUUUUUGGCUGUCUCACUUCAUUUACAAAGGAUGGCAAAUGAUGAGCACCUUCGGCGGGCCUUCCUAUUUUUUGACAAGGACGGCAAUGGUUACAUUGAGCCCGAGGAGCUUCAGGAAGCCCUGUUGGAGGAUGGGGCAGCUGAUAGCAUGGACGUUGUCAAUGACAUAUUGCAAGAAGUUGACACCGAUAAGGAUGGCAAAAUUAGCUACGAAGAAUUCGUAGCAAUGAUGAAGACAGGCACAGACUGGAGAAAGGCGUCCCGGCAUUAUUCAAGAGGGCGCUUCAAUAGCCUUAGCAUAAAGCUGAUAAAGGAUGGGUCUGUAAAACUGGGUAACGAGUGAGGUUGUAGCUUGCAGCUGGUGCUGUUGGUUAGCUGCGCAUUCAAGCCCGGCCCUCGGGCCCACUAAGCAGAAGCCCUCUUCCACUUGCUAAUGAUUAUUUUGUCAGGGAUUUAGAUAUGCAGAGCCCCCCUGAUUGGUUUACUCGUGUAAGUAGUAACUUUCCCGGUAAUGCUGAGAAUCACCACCGAAUGGUGCA